AUUUUACUUUUUUUUUUUUUGAUUCUUUUUUCGUCUAUUCAUUUUCUCCUUCUCCAAAACUUCGCUCUUAUUCUCUCCGUCAUUCUGCUAAUUACCAACCCACUUUUCUCCCACCUUUCUCCUCUCUCGACCAAGGAGCGCACCGAUCUUAUCAAUUAUCAAUACAACCUUCGCUCUACCCCGCGCCUCCGGUCUCCCGUCUCCGUCACCACCAUCGCAUGACAGAAGUGGGCAUCUGCGAUCCUUAGGGCAGCUGCGCGUGAAGGAUUGAAACGAACUACCCUUUCUAUAUUAAUUGGCGUGAUUGUCGGCGGCGUUUAACAAUGGGCAAGUCACAAUCGAAGCUCUCCCCCUCCCAGCUCGAUGAGCUCCAAAAGGCAACUCAUUUCGAUAAGAAGGAACUGCAGCAAUGGUAUAAAGGUUUUUUGAAAGAUUGCCCCUCGGGGACCCUGACCAAGGAGGAAUUCCAAAAGAUUUAUCGACAGUUUUUCCCCUUUGGUGAUCCGUCGUCAUUUGCGAAUUAUGUGUUUCGGGUAUUCGAUUCGGACAAUAGCGGUAUGAUCGAUUUCAAGGAGUUCAUCUGUGCGCUUUCGGUCACCUCGCGAGGUAAGAUGGAGGACAAGCUGGACUGGGCAUUUCAACUGUAUGACAUCGAUGGCGAUGGCAAAAUCACUUACGACGAGAUGCUGGCCAUCGUCGAGGCGAUCUACAAGAUGGUGGGUUCCAUGGUGAAAUUGCCCGAGGACGAGGAUACACCAGAGAAGCGAGUACGGAAGAUCUUCCGUAUGAUGGAUAAAGAUGAGAAUGGCAGUCUCGACAUGGAGGAGUUCAAGGAGGGCAGCAAACGGGAUGAGACCAUUGUCAGUGCGCUGUCGUUGUACGAUGGGUUAGUAUAAUAAGUUGCGUGUGCUGUUUCCAUCUAUUUCUCUUCCCGAGUCCUGCAGACCGGGUGUACUCGACCUCUAUUUUGGCGAAUCCGGCGCAAUCUGUGGUUCUCUUCUUUUCUCUUAUGAUUAUUUGCCACUUCUCUCGUCCCAGGGACUCCCAUCAUCCCGUCAUCCAUGCUAUGCCCGGCUUUUGAGUGAAAUGUACAGGUUAGAGAGGCAUCAGUGUAUUGUGUCCACAAAUUUUGCUUGUUGUAUUCGGUGAAAGACAUGGUAUCUAUUUCUGGUUGUCGACUUGGAUAGUCCUUAGUAUUCAAUACUGGUUCAGUAUUGUUGCUAAAAAACAAAAGAAGAUAAAAAAUGGAUAUAAACCAUAAACAGGCUACAUUUGGUGGUCUGAUAGGAGAUAUCGUAAUCGUGAUAAUCCCAUUGUCUUCACAAAUGUGCUUUGUGCUGAAUAUUCAAGCGACUUUCUUUUAUCCUCCGUUGCAGAGACCCAUGC